AUGGCGCAGCUCAAAGUUCUCAUCAGCGGCGCCGGCAUCGCUGGGAAUGCUCUUGCAUUCUGGCUCCUGAAACUGGGCCACAGUGUAACAGUCGUCGAGCGAUUUCCUGCACUGCGAACGUCGGGCCUGCAGGUGGACCUCCGUGGUUAUGGAAUCCAGGUUUUGAAGCUCAUGGGUCUGGAACAAGCAUUCCGCUCCAAGUCUGCACCGGAACAGGGCCUCCAGGUUGUCGACAAGUCAGGACGGCGCUGGGCAUACUUUCCCGCCAAUAAGUCUGGCAAAGGCUUGCAGUCAUUCACGACGGACUGGGAAAUCAUGAGGGGUGACUUGUGUCAGCUUCUGCACGAUGCAACUGGGAAUCGCGCCAAGUAUAUGUUCGACACGUCAAUUGCGAGCUUCAGCCAAACAGAGAAGGCUGUUCAUGUACAGUUUGCGGACGGAACAAACGAUCAAUUCGACCUCCUUGUUGGCGCCGACGGGCUGGGCUCAAGAACCCGGAAGAUGAUGAUACACAAUGACGACCCUGGCGCCGUUGAUGGCUUCACGCCCCUUGGGAAAUCUUACGCAGCAUACUUUACGAUACCUCGACCGAUCCGAAAUGGCGAAGGCUAUGUCGCCACGUUUUACACGGCAACAAAGACGCGAUUCAUAAUGACACGACGGCACAGCCCACAGCGCAUACAAGUGUACCUCAUGUGCAACAGCGAGUCGGAAAAGCUCCAAAAAGCCCAUCGACAAGACGUCAAGGUCGAGAAGGAGGUCUUUUCCGAGAUUUUUCAAGACGCUGGAUGGCAGGCGAAGGAGAUUUUAACGGCCCUGCAGACGUCGGACGACUUUUAUUGUGAGAGGAUGGCCCUCGUCAAAAUGGACUCGUGGUCCCGCGGUCGCGUUGCUCUUGUCGGAGACGCAGCCUACUGUCCGUCGGCCAACACCGGAAUGGGCACGACCUCUGCUUUCGUGGGAGCCUAUAUCCUUGCGGGAGAGAUAGGGCGGCACUGCGGCACAAGUGGACACGAUCACAGUGCCGCGCGGGAUAACAUUACCGCCGCACUGGAGGAGUAUGAUCGAAAACUUCGCCCUUUCAUGGACCAAGUCACCAAGGGCAUCGACGGAGACUCAGCCUUGUACAAGUUCAUGCCCACCGGACCGAUUGGCAUCACAAUGCUUAACGCCUUCAUGGGGCUCAUGGCCCUGCUGAGACUCAAUGUUCUGGGCGAAUGGGUUUUGAAAGAGGACGUCAAGGAUUGGACGCUCCCAAAGUACAAAGAACUGCUUGGCGAUCAAGUCGACAACUGA